UUUCCAACCCCGCUCUCUUUUCCCACUAUUUUUUCUCAUCACGCAUACCUAAGAACCUAACCCUCUUUUCUUAACCUUUCUUCGUUGGUUCCCUCGCAACUUCUUUCUUUACCCUUUAUUUUUUCCCACUAGUUUUUCUCUCUCAGAGUCUCGGUGAUUCUUUAUUAAUCUCUCCUUGGUUCUCUCUCAGUGACUUUUUAUUAAUCUCUCGUUCUCCGUUCUUUUUUGGUUUUCACACCAACUCUUUCUCAAUCUUCAAGAGUUACUCCUGUCACCAGUUCCUUUCUAGUAUCUAUACAAGGGCGUGUUUGGAUCUUGGGAGAGGAGGCCACGCCACCGCUGCCAGCAGGCCGAUCGUCUUCGCCGUGUCGCCGCCUCAUCCCUGGUACGGAGUAGUUGAGGAUAUGAAGUUAGGGUGAAGAACUACCCUCAGGAUUCGUCAACGAAGAACUAAAUGACUCUUUUGAAGGUUAAAAUAAAAAAUAAAAAACCUGUUUUAGACUUUCAGUGACCUUAAAAAUAUCUAUCCAAGUCUUCGUCUACGUGACUGUUAAUUUUAGGAACCACUUGAUCUAAGGCAAAAGGGUUCUAAUCAUUUCUUUCAAGUUCGUUUAUCUGUGACCGCUACUGCAUAGUGGAAUUUACGGAAGCAGCUUUUGUUUGGAAGACAGCCAGUCUCGCCCUAUCAAACAUGGAAACAAAGCCUGUUCUAGAAGUUCUUAAUGGCGAAGACAACUAUUUGAAAUGGAGUGUUCGGGUGAAGACAUAUUUGAUGGCUCAAGAUCUUUGGGACAUUGUAGAAGCAACGAACGAACCUCCUACACCAGCAAAUGAAGCUGCUUUUAAGGCUUGCAGCAAGAUGAACGCCAUGGCUUUAUAUGGGAUCCAAAAUUCAUGCGGGCCGGACACAUUUUUUGAUAUUAUGGAGAUUACUUCGGCCAGAAAUGCUUGGGAAACGUUGGCAGAAAAGUACAAACCUAAAGGUCCUGACCCAAGUAGCAGCAUGGCUUCAGUUCCUUUAGAAGAAGACAAUCUUGACUCAAGUACUGAGUCAGGUACGAGCCAGAUUUCAUCUGAUAUUGGGGAGAUUACUUUGGACCGUAUGGCUUCAGUUCCUUUAGAAGAAUACGAGCUUGACUCAAGCACUAAGCCAGGAGAAAGUAACAAAGAGGGAGACAUUGAUGAUGGCGUUGAGAUUUAUAUGGAUUUAUACAAAGCUCUGCAAAUUGGUAAUUGGAAUGCUGCCAAGGAGUUCCUUAAUCGCCAUCCGCAUGCAAUAAGUGCAAAAAUCACAGUUAGGGACCAGACCGCACUUCAUGUUGCUGUUGAAGCUGUACAUGUGUAUGUAGUGGAGGAGCUGGUAAAGCAAAUGUCUAAAGAAGAUUUGGAAAUAAAAGAUGAUGAAGGUUUCACAGCUCUAGCUUUGGCAGCUUAUAAAGGAAAAUACCGUAUGGCAGAAUGCAUGCUUGAAUUGAAUGAGAACUUGAUCAGUAUUGCAACUAACGUAGGAAGUAUUCCAGUUAAUCUGGCUCUUUCAAACGGGCAUUUAAAAUUAGCUCGUUAUCUCUAUUUCCUAACUCCGCUAGAAAUUCUAAAGCCGGAAAAUGGCGCCACGGGGUCUUUAGUUGUUUGUUGCGCAAUAUAUGUCAAUGCUCUGGAUAUUGCUUUGGAUUUAGUCAAGCGUUGUCCACAAUUGGUUGUUGCUCAAGACACAGCUGGUGUCUUCCCUUUUUAUGCACUUGCUUCUAUGCCUGAUUAUUUCCUAAGUGGAAAUCGGCUCGUAUUUUGGAAACGAUGGAUCUAUUCCGUUAUUCGUAUUCAAUCGGAUGGUCCCAUCAAUGAAAUUCGUUUGAAUAUUCAAAAACUUGAGGGAAACAGAAGCCGAAGCAAUGUUAAAGAAAUUAUUGGAUCAGGGAUAUAUUCAUUGAGCCAGCUAGUUUCAAAAGUUCGAACUCUCUUGGGUAUCGAGCAUCUAUAUGAAUUGAAGUUGGCCCAUUUCCUAGCCUGUGAACUCCUCAGUCGCAUGAAGGACCAGAUAUUGAUUUCAAAUACUCAACAAGGAACGGCUGGUGGGGUUCGUGAUGCCAUCCUCCGUGCAGUCAAGGAAGGGAUUUUUGAGUAUAGCUUUGAGAUGUUGAAGGCGGAUCCAGUACUUUUGUGGGCCCAUGAUUUCAAUAUUUUUUCAGUUGCAGUCCAAUAUCGUCAUCCCAAAAUCUUUAGCCUUAUCUAUGGGCUUGAUGUUAAAGGCUCUAUGUCAGGUUAUGCAAAUUCCUCCGACGGCAAUAACUUAUUACAUAUGGCAGGGAUGUCUGCACCUUCUACAUCACUUGAUCACAUCGCAGGUGCAGCUUUAAAGAUGCAAAGAGAACUACAAUGGUUUAAGGAGGUGGAGAGCAUUAGCAUUCCCUUUGCUCGUGGAACACCAAACAAAAUGGGUAUGACUCCCCGACAAUUGUUUACAAAGAACCAUGAAGACAUGAUGAGCAAGGGAGAGAAAUGGAUGAAGGACACAGCAUCUUCUUGUACCGUGGUGGGUGCUCUCAUUGUUACCAUUAUGUUUGCUGCAGUAUUUACCGUUCCAGGUGGUAACGAGCAAAGUAGUGGCUUCCCAAUUUUCUUAAAUAAAAAAUUAUUUAUGGUCUUUAUUGUAUCCGAUGCACUAUCACUAUUUUCUUCCUCAACUUCAGUCUUGAUGUUUCUUGGAAUCCUCACAUCUCGUUAUGCAGAAGAAGAUUUCCUUGAGUCCUUGCCUAGAAAGAUGAUAAUCGGACUUUCCACUCUUUUCCUCUCGAUUGUAGCCAUGAUGACAACUUUCUCAGCUGCACUUUUACUUAUGCUACAUGAACAAUCAUGGAUUUUCAAACCUAUCAUUUGCUUGGCUAGUAUUCCUAUCACUCUCUUCGCAUUAAUGCAGUUCCCCAUUCUUGUCACCAUGGCCAUUUCAACUUACGGACCUAGCAUCUUUGAUAGGAAAAUGAAGCAUUGGUGUUAACGUAUUCACUAAUUGUGCUAUGUGAUGUAUUCGUAUCCUGUAAAUAAUUGGCAUAUACAAGCCAAACGUGAAGAUUUUUUUCUUUCUUUAUUCUUUUUUUCUUGGAAGGUAAUUGCUGAAUGUUUAGCUCUAAUUGUAUACUUUGUGAUUUUUUGGUCUUGGGCAUAUUAUAAUUCCAUUAUAUAAACCAUACGUCUAUGGUGCUAUUCUUUAAUAUUUA